AUGACCUACGAAAAAUCGGUAGACAUCUCUGACAUCAACAGGGCGAUGUUCAAGUGCCCAUGGCUGGAAUAUCCAGGAAGGACCAAAGAACUCAGAAGAGCUGCAGCUCCUGUCUUACUGCCCUUAUCCUGUCACCAGGCACCAAAGGAAGAGCUCCCCCCAAGUCCGGAGUGCUGGAGGGAGCACCCGAGCAAGCCAAAUGCCAUACCUUACUGCUACUCCAAGAAGCCCGAGAUCUACACGCACUGGUAUGCCCUGUAUGAUCACCGAAAGGAACGGGAGUCCCAGAAGAUACUGAGGAAAAUGAGAGAUCACCCCAGGUACCUCAAGGAGGGUACCCUCAGCCAAAAGCUCCAUCUCCCCAUGAGCAAGCUGACUCGCAGGUCUCCGGUGGAGUCCAAGCCCUUAGACCCUGCUGGGGAUCCCCUGAAGUGGCAAAGAUUAAAGGAACUCACAGAAAGCCUGAAAUCUCCCAGGGAGGAUGAGCAGCUCUACGCAGCACAGGCUCUGGGGUGCCUGGGGGUCAGAGACAAGUUUGUCAUGGACGCACUGCGGCAGGUGGCCCAAGCCGGUCCAGAGAAAGUGAAGUAUGAGGCCUGUCGAGCCCUGGCCAUCCUGGGAUGCCUGAAAAAGGACGUGAUCCAGACUCUCAUCAAGAAGUUGAAGGGGCAAAAUGAGGGACAGAGGAUGGAUACUCUGAUAGCACUUCGGACGGCUCUGAACUCCUGGGCUACUGUCCCCAGAGAUCAGAGGACUCAGGUGGAGGAUGAAGAGAAGCUGGAGCUGGCGCUACUGAUGCUGAUAAAGAAGUCAGGGUACAAGGCGGCGGCGGAGGCGGCCCUGUGCUUGGGGUUCCUGAGGCCCUACAGCAACGUGGCCCGGGAGCACUUGCUGCAGUGCCUGUGCCAAGGGCCGAAGACCCAGCAGAUGAAGGCACUCACUGUGCUGGUCAAGAUAAUGGGUGUGCACUCAGCCACAGUUGUCAGGAGCAUCCUGGACCAGCUGUCCUGUUCCAGCGUCCUGGAGCACCGUUUUGAAGCCACCCAGAUGCUCAAGGCCAUUGGGCUGGAACAGAUCCAGGCACAUGGUCUAGAAGAACUCACAUUUGACCUACUCAGGAAGAAGACAUACAAUGAACCUUUCUUCGCCAUAAGGCAGGCUGUUGCUGAAACUGUGGAAGAGCUCAAGAUGAAGUCCACGAUGUUGAACUUGGUGGAGGCGCAGCUGAUGAGCUCAAAUGCCAUGGAACGCCAGGAAGCAGUCAUCUCUCUGAGCGUCCUGGGGAUCCGCAGCCCACAGGUGUUCCACUUGGUCCUGGACAUGCUGGAUGUGGAGAAGAACACGUCUGUGAAGAAGAGUCUACAAGAAACAUUAAUUCUUUUGGCCUCCAUUGAUCCCUGGAUCCAUAACAAGCUAAAGAACAAGGUUCUGUUUAUAUGUGAGAUGCCAAAGACCAGCAUGAAGGUGGAGUUCACAAGGUUCCGGAAAGAGCCUGAGAACCCUGAAGAGUCAAAUAUCCAAGACUUUCAACUUACAGAGCUGAACCCCUUGUUUCUUACAAAGUCCAGUGCCACGUUAGACCAACAGAAAAAGCUAAACCCCCCAAAAGGGUCUGAUACCCCUGGCUUCCUACCCUCUCUCUAUAUAUCCCCCAAACACAAGUCACUGGGGUCCUGGACACAAGGGAUCAGAAAACAGCUCCAGAUCUUUGCUGAGACCCCCAACUAGGUCAGUUGUUUAGGUCAAGUCCCUGCCCUUUCCUUAAGGGUGCUUCUCAGGCUCGCCUGAG